AUGGAUCGCAAAGACAGAGCCCCUUCCCCCCAGGCUUCCGAGGGUUCAUCUCGCGGCAACGUUGUCGAUCACGCUGCUCCCAACGGUCAGUUAUCUCUGACCGAUGACCAGACUCAUGCCUACCCUCCGACCUCCACCAAUGGCAAGGGACACAUGAUCAAGGUUCAUCCGUUGAAGCGUAGUGAGAUGCAGCCCUCGUAUGCUCAAGACCUUGGAACAGGCGAAGUCGAGCACGGCUUGUACGGCUCCAUGAUGCACGCUCUGGGCACUGUAGUCGGCGCUUGUGGUGCUAUUCCCUGCUGCCCGUUCCCGAACCCCUUCCAGAACGUCCAGCAAGGUUCCGUUGGUCUCGUGACACGCUUCGGUCAGUUCUACAAGUCCGUUGACCCUGGUCUCGUCCAGGUCAACGUGUGCACUGAGCGUCUGCGCACUGUCGACGUCAAGGUCCAGAUCAGCCCCAUUGGCAGACAGACGGUCAUCACCCGUGACAAUGUUAACGUGGAGAUCGACUCUGUGAUAUACUUCCAAAUUACGAGCCCUUACCGUGCUGCCUUUGGUAUCACCGAUCUCCGCCAGGCGCUCAUCGAGCGUGCCCAGACGACGCUCCGGCACGUCGUCGGUGCCCGCGCAGUCCAGUCCGUCGUGACCGAGCGCGAGGCCAUGGCAUACGAGAUCGCCGAGAUCGUCGGCGACGUCGCAGAGAGGUGGGGCGUCUCCAUCGAGGGCAUCCUCAUCAAGGACAUCAUCUUCUCCGCCGAGAUCGCCACCUCGCUCUCCUCUGCCGCGCAGCAGAAGCGCAUCGGAGAGUCCAAGGUCAUCGCCGCCCGCGCAGAGGUCGACGCGGCCAGGCUCAUGCGCCAGGCCGCAGACAUUCUCGCCUCGCCGGCGGCGAUGCAGAUCCGCCAGCUCGAGGCGCUCCAGCAGAUGGCCAAGAGCGCGUCGAGCAAGGUCGUGUUCGUGCCCAUGCAGCUGCAGCAAGACGUCAUGGGCUCGUUCAACAACAACCAGAGUGGAGGGGCGUCUGGAUCUGCCAUCCGCGACGAGAGCGGAGAGGGCGCGGGCACGAUCGGCCGUGCGGCGCUCCUCAACAGUGCCUCCAAUAUUUAA